CUGCCGGGGGAGGAAGAGGAAAGAAGAUGGAAGGGAACAGAGACGAAGCAGAAAAAUGUAUAAAUAUAGCAACAAAAGCUCUCGAAGCCGGUGAUAAGGAGAAAGCGUUAAAGUUUCUCAACAAAGCAGAGAAGCUGUAUCCGACUAAGAAAGCCAAAGCUUUGUUGGAUGCUUUAAUGAGGAAUGGGAGCUCAGCAGGUAAUGGCGCAUAUCGCAGGAGACCAGCGGAAAACUCAGAAACCAAUGGUACUCAGUCAGAACGAGAGAACCCAGAAUCUGGAGCAGGCGACCCGCCUAAAAGCUUCACCAAAGAGCAGGUUGACGGCGUGCAAAGAAUAAAGCGGUGUAAGGACUACUACGAAGUGCUUGGUGUCAACAAAGAAGCCAGUGAUGAUGAGCUUAAAAAAGCCUACAGGAAACUAGCGCUCAAAUUUCAUCCAGACAAAAACCAUGCACCUGGAGCAACAGAGGCCUUUAAAAAGAUUGGCAAUGCAUAUGGAGUACUCAGCAACGCAGACAAACGACGGCAGUAUGACCUGACAGGAGGAGAGGAGCCGAGCAGCCCAAGUCACUCGCGUGGCGCAGGCUUUGACUUCCAAAGGGGCUUCGAGGCUGACAUCACUCCUGAGGACCUCUUCAACAUGUUCUUCGGAGGCGGCUUCCCAUCCUCCAAUGCACACACUUUCACCAACGGCAGGACAAGCUACAGCCAUCAAACGGAUUACAGGCAAGAGAGGACAGAAGAACGAGGAGAUGGUGGUUUUUCAAUGUUUAUUCAGCUGAUGCCCAUCGUGGUCCUGAUCUUGGUGUCAUUGCUGAGCCAGAUGAUGGUGUCUCCUCCACCCUACAGUCUCUAUUCUAGACCGUCAACGGGUCAGACCAUAAAGAGACAAACAGAAAACCUGCAUGUUGACUACUAUGUCACCAGAGAUUUCAAGUCAGAGUUUAAGGGCUCAGCACUGCAGCAAAUUGAGAAAAAUGUAGAGGAGGACUAUGUAUCAAAUGUCAGAAAUAAUUGUUGGAAGGAGAGACAGACGAAAACAGACCUGCUUUACGCCGCUAAGGUAUACCGGGACGAGCGAAUGCGCAAGAAGGCAGAACUCAUGACCAUGGAUAACUGCAGGGAGCUGGACAGACUAAAUAACCUCUUCAGAGGUGGAUGAAAUGGAUGCUUUUAGGUCUUGUAAAUCUAUAUGAAUAGAGAUGUAUGUUCAUUUUUUUUAAUGAAGAGUCUUCAAACUUUAGGGCACUUGAAGACAUAAUUUAGCUCUAUUGUUGUGCUUUUUUUCCCCCUCCUCCUCUCAUCCUCCUAACUUUUCUUCUUCCUCAUUCCACAUUCCACUCUGGCCCUUGGAAUCGCCUUGUUAUGUUGUAAUCGACCAAUCUACACACAAUAUAGAAAGUCUCAGAUGUUUUUCUUUUUUUAAAAAACACAAACGCAAAAAAAACAACUCUUAUUUAAGUGUUUUCCUUAAAAUGGGAAAGAAAAGGACACUUGAUUGUAAAAGGCAUGUGCGCUUUGAGUAGUGACAACCUGAGAGGCAUUCUGCACAAGCAAAUUAGUGUUGUAAGACCAACAAGCUGCUUCUGGCAUCAUCUGCUUGUCAUAAACAUCAAAUGAGAAACAAUAAGUUCACCUGGAGGUGUUGUCCCCACACACAAUUCAGUUUCUUCAACAAUCACAUUUAAGAAAAAAAAGAGAGCGAAUGCUUGUCUUUGCUCCUUACUCACCUCCACCUGUGGAUGAAGAUCACUGGAUCAUGAAGAGUUAUCACUGACUUUGCUACUAGAGAACAUUUUAUAUUGUCCAGUCUAAAAUGUGACUUUGGUUGGAACUAAAGAUGAACGGACAGUGAAACUGUUACUCAUAACUGGUUGUACAUUUUCAUUUUUGAAUGUUUAAAGUUUAUGCAGUUAUUUAAGUAACUAUAGAAGGAAAAGGAUUUUUCUUCAGUGCUCGCCUGAUCAUUUAAAUAAAAUCAAAUUAUUAACAUA